AUGCCGCAGGAUAUGCCGCCUACGGGCGGCUACGGCCCCGUCCAGUACAAGCGAAACCUCCCUGCUCGCGGCUUCCGGCCCGCUGUUUACAUCCUCGGCACCGCCGCGCUCAUGACAUAUGGCUUUUGGAGAGUUGGGCAGGGCAUCAGGGAGCACAACGAACUCGCUCGCGAGAAGAUGUGGGCGCGGAUAUACCUCAUUCCCGCACUACAAGCCGAAGAAGACCGCGACCAGGUGCGACGAUAUUUGGCGGAUAAGGCGAGGGAGAAGGAGCUGCUGGGCACAGAGACAAAGGUUUACCACAGCGACAGGUUCGUGCGGCCGACGUUCGCGGUCACGCCGGAGAACACGACGAAGUAG